GACCCCAAGUCAUAUGACAUUCAUCUGAGUAUACGCAGUACAGAAUUUUCAUCUAGCUGAUUUUGCGAACUCCUUUUGCGAAAAAUCGGAAAUUAUUUUUCCGACCAACUGAAUUGAAGCUAAAAUUUUCUAAAUUUUGCCAGAACAAACAAUCCUAAAAGGUGGGAACAAUGUCGGAAGUGCAGGAUCUAAUGUCGUCCCUUCCGGAUGAUAAAAUUGAUAUGAUUGCUGCCACCAGCGUUUUGCAACAACAGGCAGGAGAUAUUCGUCAGAAUAAGCCAAACUGGUCAUCUUACAUGCAGUCGCAGAUGAUAUCGCAGGAGGAUUUUGCAUGUGUUGGUAGUUUGGAUAAAGAUAAGAAGUCGCAGAGUCAGUAUUUGCAAGACAACCCAAGUCAGUGUGCCAAGACGUUCCUGAAUCUGCUAGCUCACGUCUCCAAGGACCAAACCAUUCAAUACAUUCUGGUGAUGAUUGACGAUCUGCUGCAGGAGGACCGUACCAGAGUGCAGAUUUUCCAUGAUUAUGCCAACAGACAUAAGGAAAGCGUUUGGGCGCCGUUUCUGAAUCUUCUAAAUCGGCAGGAUGGAUUUAUUGUGAACAUGGCAUCUCGAGUCGUCGGGAAGCUUGCGUGCUGGGGUCAAGAACUGAUGCCAAAAUCCGAUCUGCACUUCUAUCUGCAGUGGUUAAAGGAUCAGCUAACAGUUGCUGCAAAAAAGCUGGUUAUCGAGUUUGAAGCUGCAGAAAAGAAACGUGCGGAAGAAGCACUUGCUCUAGCCGCACACCACUACGGCCACGGACAUCACGCUCAUCACGGGGGAGUCAACGGUGGUGAUCAUCACAAUCAUCAUCAUCAUCACCAUCACCACCAGAUAACCGAAAAGUUCCGUGAGAUAUCGAGUGCCAUCGAUGAGCCACGCCAGCGCGUGGAAGGAGAGCCACUGAAUGUCUCCCUAACGAACAACGAAUACAUCCAAUCGGUGGGUCGCUGUCUGCAGAUGAUGCUUCGUGUGGAUGAAUACAGAUUCGCAUUUGUCACUGUUGACGGCAUCAGUACGUUGAUUAGUAUUCUGUCAUCGCGCGUAAACUUCCAGGUCCAAUACCAGCUGGUAUUUUGCUUGUGGGUUCUGACGUUCAACCCGUUAUUGGCGGAGAAGAUGAACAAGUUCAACGUGAUUCCCAUUUUGGCUGACAUCUUAAGUGAUAGCGCCAAGGAAAAGGUGACCCGUAUCAUCCUAGCCGUGUUUCGCAACAUGAUCGAGAAGCCGGAGGAUUUACAGGUUGCCAAGGAGCACUGUAUUGCGAUGGUACAGUGCAAGGUGAUGAAACAGUUGCAGAUUUUGGAGCAACGUCGGUUCGAUGAUGAGGACAUUUCUGCAGAUCUAGAGUUCUUAAUCGAGAAGCUGCAAAACUCGGUUCAGGAUUUAAGUUCGUUCGAUGAGUACGCAACGGAAAUCAAGAGUGCUCGGCUGGAAUGGUCACCUGUUCAUAAGUCGGCUAAAUUCUGGCGUGAAAAUGCCCAACGUUUGAAUGAGAAAAACUAUGAAUUGUUACGCAUUUUGGUACACCUACUGGAAACCUCAAAGGAUCCCCUGGUACUGUCAGUUGCAAGCUACGAUAUUGGUGAAUACGUGCGUCAUUACCCGAGGGGCAAACAUGUCAUUGAGCAACUGGGAGGAAAACAAUUGGUCAUGCAGUUACUGGCCCACGAAGAUCCGAACGUUCGCUACGAAGCAUUAUUAGCAGUUCAAAAGCUAAUGGUUCAUAACUGGGAAUAUCUUGGCAAACAACUGGAGAAAGAUAACGAAAAGGCUCCUCAAUCAGGAGCUACAAUCAGCGGAAAGGCUUAAUUUGUUGUUCAUAUAAUAUAGCUUUGUUAUUCUUGUUAAUUUUCUGAGCAUAAAAGAGUUAAGAAGAUUUAAUUGUGGAUCGACCGGUAUAACAUUCCCGUCUACUAUCAACUUGUCCGUUUCCCGAUUUUCAUUGAUGUAUUGUGUAGAUGGCCGUCGAGAGAAUUCUACGAUCGUUUUGAUUGGACUAUUUGCGUUUUAUUAAUGAUGUAUUAUUGAUCAAAUAUUGUUAAGAUUUAUAGUGUAAACUUAGAACUGGAGAAUAGUGUCGUAUGCCGAGUCAUAAAUAGCAUUCGAAGUGCGCAGCAAAUGUAUUUUAAGAAAUAAAUUACAAUCGUGUUACGAAACCCUAUAUGCUAGAA